AUGUGGAACGACGAAGAGGAUAACAACCCUUAUGGCGCAUUCGAUCGCCCAGACUCCCACCUUUCAGAGUCGCUGCACUCUGGCAAGGCCUCCCCUCCUCCAUAUGACCGCGAUCUCUCACCUGCUUCACGAGCAUCCUCGCAGCCACCAGACUACGUAUCGCGAUUGACAGUAGACACAGACGAAGAAGACGACGAUUAUGGCGUGCCGGCUGCGCCAGUGAUGGGCCGAAAGAAAAAGGGCGGUUACGAUAGCCGCAUCGAACAGAUCCUCUACGAGAACCCCGAGCUCCCGAUUCUGAUUACGGACGCGGGGAAGAACCAUGAGGGCGGCGGCGGGUAUAUUGUGUAUACAAUUCGGACGGGGGAUCUUGAAGUGCGCCGGCGAUACUCGGAGUUUGCUUCUCUUCGACAAACGCUUGUCAAUCUGCACCCCACCCUUGUGGUACCCCCGAUCCCAGAGAAACACACCAUGGCCGACUAUGCGGCAAAGCCGACAAAAGCAAAGGAAGACGUUGCUAUCAUUGAGCUGCGAAAGCGCAUGCUUAGUGUUUUCCUGAACCGGUGUCGGAGGAUGCAGGAAGUCCGUGAGGACGGCGUCUGGUGGCGUUUCCUGGAUCCUAAUGUCAGCUGGAACGAGGUCCUGCAUUCGCAUCCUGCCUCGUCAGUGCCGAAAAACAAUCUCAAGGCACCCCCGCUUGAUCCAGCCAACCCGACAGCAGCCCAUGGCUGGCUUCCUGUUCCCCCAGCUUCUGCCAAGUUGAAAUCCGCAGGUGGAAACACUGCUACUGGGACGCCGAGCUCACCGUCCGAGUACUCCCAGACACCGUCUACAGCUGCGCAUUCGACGCCAGGCGUGCAAGUCUUGGGCCGAUUUCCUCCGACGUCACGAACAUUAAGUGAGCAGGAUCUUGAUCCAUAUUUCAUCAACUUUGAAGCAUCGACACGCGAGCUAGAGCUGCUGCUUCAGGGCAACAUCGAAAAGGUCAACCGCCGCACGCUAUCACAUCUCUCCUCCCUCUCGGCCGAUCUCAUGGAACUCGGAGCGCGAUACAAUGGCUUCUCGUUGUCGGAGCAGAACCCGACGGUUGCUGCAGCAGUGGAACGUGUUGGACAGGCAGCCGACACAUCGUACAUCGAGACGGAAGAGCUGUCAUCAUCGCUUGGAGCCAACUUCGCGGAGCCCAUGCGGGAAAGUGCACAGUUUGCCAGCGUGGUUCGCAGCGUGCUGCGAUAUCGCGUUCUCAAACGGGUGCAGGAAGAGAUGACGCGAGACGAACUAUCAAAAAAGCACAGCCUGCUGGAGUCCCUCGAGAGGAGCGAGCAGGAAGCUAAGCGUAUUGACCAGUAUCUCAGCAAUAGUGUUAACCCCGCGUCCGUUGCGACUCGGCCAUCUCGGUCUACAUCUGCGUCUUCUGCAGCAAGUAGCAGCCAGGGAGACACCGACACCAGACGAGGCUCUGAAGAUACGGCAUCUGUAGACUCUGAUUUCCCGCCCACGCAUAGCGAAGGCACUUGGCAGCCGUCUGCCGGGCAGGGCACUCCCCAUCGUGAGACUGGUCCUCCUCCUGCUCCUUCUUCUGCUCACCGCAAGAGCCCGAGUGGGAAUUUUGUUGCGAACCGGAUAUUCGGACGCAUCAGCCAUGCCGUGCAUGGGUUUGUUGAUGUCGACCCUGAACGGUCGCGGCGGGACCAGAUUGGGAAAACCAAGGAAAGCCUGGUGCAGUUGGAGCAAGCCCUCGGGGUAUCUGAGAAAGACGUCAAGGACGCGAGCGCGGGUGUGUUGCAGGACCUGAAGAGGUUUCAAAAGGAAAAGGAAGAGGACCUCCGCCGCUACAUGGUCGCGUAUGCACGCUGCCAUCUCGACUGGGCACGCAAGAACCUGACAACAUGGACCGAGGCUCGCGAUGAGGUCGACAAGAUCGGAAGAAUUAUCGAGGUGACAAGUCCGGUGGUCCGUGGCCCUUGCGUGGAUCCUGCCCUUCGCCUCUCUCUCUUUUUUUCUCUCUCCCCUUCUAGCAGCAGUGACCCUCGACAUCUCUCGUCGUCUGCCUAUCUGCGCUCUACCUCAUCGACCACCGUGUUUUUACGAGCUGCCACGCGACGUGGGCAGCUCACCUUCACCACGUCUUCCUCGAAGCGCCGCAAGGUCGUCGAGCAGCCUCGCCCGCACUCGCCCGCGCCUGCCUCACGGACCAGGCCCGCAAACUCGGACAGAGACAGAGACAGACGUCACCACCGCCGCCGUUCGUCCACGACGACUGCUUCUCACAACUCCACCACCAACAACCUCCCCGUGAAAUCAUCCUCGUCGCCGUCUCCCCGUUACAUCCCUGCCCACCUGCAAGACGAGGUGCUCGGCGCUGGCCGGACACCACCAACAACCGCCCGCUCGCCUACCCCAGAGCCGUCGCCCGCUGCGGCUUGCGCUGGGCUCUCGCUCAACAGCGAUCCUCCCACCGACAUGUCCGGCUCUGAAAAGUCCGACGUGCGCUCGUCGUCGCCCGCUGUCAAACGCCGCAUGUCCGAGGUCGACCAGACCGCCGACGACGUUGACAUGGACUCUGGAGCAUCCGACCCCCAACAGCAGCGGCAGGAAACGCCCGACGGCGACUCGCGCCCUGCUCAGCGCCGUGCCACUUCGGUCGACAUGAUUGCCAGCGAGGGAGACGCCGAUAUGGCCAAUAACACUGCUUCGCCCAACAACUCUGACCCCGUUUACCCUACCCCGUCCAGUAUGGCGACAUACACUAAUUCGUCGUCCACAAAAGAAGUACCCACGCCCCACAAAGCCUUGGAACCCCCGUCGAUCGACGAACAGGUCAUGCGUGUGCUGGAACUCGCCCAAAGGUUCCCCGAGGACAAGCAAAAGGGUUACGUCCUGUCUUACAACUGGUUGAACCGCGUUCUCGCCCGAAGCACACAGGAGCCCGGCGGCAAAACGGUCGAUAAGAAAUUCGCCGAGGGCGAGAUUGGACCGGUCGAUAAUUCCGAUCUUGUUUUGGAUGUUGAUCCGAGCAGUGUCUUUGAGGAUGAAGCUGGGGAGCCGUUUGUACCCUUACGCCCGGGCCUGCAGAUGGGCGAGGAUUUUGAAAUCGUUCCCCAGACUGCGUGGGAUCUUAUUUUGGGCUGGUAUGGACAGGCGGAGCAGUCUCCGGCCAUCGUUCGAUAUGCACAUAAUACAAGCGACGGCGGUUCUCAGAAUAUCCAGUACGAGGUUUCACCGCCAAUCUACACCAUCCACAAGCUGCCGAGUUCAUCCAGUGGCUUUUCCCACCACACACUAAGGGACAAGAGCGCCCCGCCCGCCAAAUUCCUCGCUAGCAGACAGACCAACUUUCAGAAAUGGCUUACCAAGGCCAAGGAGCUCGCUCACAUCGACAUGGCAACCAAGGUCCGCGUUUGGAGGGUUCUUGACGGUUUGAGCAGCACGCAGACUUCGGGCUUUAUUACCCCCGUUCAUUCGAGAAGUAACUCGCCCGCGCCGGGGGCACAGCUAGUCGCAAAUGCCGGCAACAGUUUGGUCCUGGAUGUCAAUACAUUCGCUUCCCUUUCGGACACGCACCGGGAGCUGAUCGAAGAGGCCAAGGACCAAACACACAACGACAAAUACAACGGUAAGUCUACCCUCGACACAUUUGGACUCGGAGACAACGCCGUUUUGGUCCUGGAAGAACAGAUCGGCGGCCCUGGUGGAGGAGAGUGGGUGUCUGACGCCUCCAAGUCUACUCUGAACCGUCUCUCCAUCCCUAGUGGUAAUAAACCUGGCACCGCCAAGGUCAAGUCCAAAGCCCUCACUACCAGCGGAAGAACAACGCCUACGUCUGAGCCGAUUCGAGGGAGGAAGAAAGACGGCCGGCCUAAGGGGAACACUGGAUUUACCAAUUUGGGAAAUACAUGUUACAUGGCCUCGGCACUGCAAUGUGUUCGAAGUGUUGAAGAGCUAAGCUACUACUUUUUGAAUAACUACCAUAAAAAAGACCUCAACCCUAGCAACCCUUUGGCCCACAAUGGAGAUGUUGCCAAGGCAUAUUCUAACCUACUACAUGCCGUCUACGACGAGGGUCCGGCUUCAUUCUCGCCCAAACAGUUUAAAAAUACAAUCGGACGGUACGGGCCCGCCUUUUCUGGCUAUGGUCAGCAGGAUUCUCAGGAGUUUCUUCUUUUCCUCCUCGAUGGUCUUCAUGAAGAUCUUAACCGGAUUAUGAAGAAGCCCUACAUUGAAAAGCCAGACUCGACUGACGAGAUGGUGAACAACCCAGCCGCCUUGAAGGAGUUUGCAGAUAAAUGUUGGGACAUUUACAAGGCUCGCAACGAUUCGGUUGUUACUGAUUUGUUUGCCGGAAUGUACAAGUCGACCCUGGUGUGCCCGAGUUGUGACAAAGUUAGCAUCAUAUUCGACCCCUUUAACAACCUGACUCUUCAGCUUCCUGUUGAGAAUCUGUGGACAAAGGACAUUUUCUAUUUUCCCUUUCACAAAGCUCCUAUGCUUCUCGACAUUGAAAUUGACAAGAACGCCAGCAUCAAAGCCCUCAAGGAGCUUGUAGCAUCAAAGACUGGAGCAGACCCGCAGAAACUUAUCAUGGCGGAAAUUUACAAGGAAAAGUUUUACAAGUUAUUCGACAAUACCAGCACCGUCGCGGACAGCAAUAUCAGUUCGUCGGACGAUAUUGCCAUUUUCGAGGUGGAAAUGGUGCCAACUAAUUAUAACCCGGACCGACCCAAGAAGACGUCUUACUACACGUCGUUUAGCAACAUGGACCACGAGGAUAUUCCCAAGAUCGAUUCUCCUCGCGCCGAGAAGCUCCUUGUGCCUAUUUUUAACCGUGUCCACCGACCAAACACGCGCUUUGGGUCUCGACAGACGUUCGGUGCGCCGUCUUUUGUCGUCAUUACUCGCGAAGAGGCUCUUGAUUACGAUACUGUUCUUCUCAAGGUGUUGCAAGAGGUUGCCACUUUGACGACACGAGACUUUCUCAACGAAGAUGCAGGCGAAGACGAGUCGAUUGAUUCGGACGCUGUCAUCAUGGACGCAGAUGAUGCCGACUCGGACGACAAAGUCAAGGCUGCGUCUGUACAAAGCGAGGAUGGUCUCGUCGACGUGUCCAUGGAAGAUGCUGCUCCUAGCGCGGCACGACCUGACACGACAAAAACACGAAAGACGUUGCCAUCGCGCUUCCGCCAUCUUUUUGAAAUGAGAGUUGUCAAGUCAAAGAAUGAAGUUAUUCCGUUGGGUUUCUCGUCGGUGGACGAUAACUCAAACUAUAUGUUGAUGUCAACACGGAUACCGAAACAAAAGGCAAAGCCCACUGUGCGGAAAGCCGAGAAGCGAAAUGCCUUUAAAAACAGCCCGGACAGCCCAGUCAGCAGCGAUGAUGAGAUAAACACGAUCCAGGCACCGACAACGAAACGGCAUUCUCGGAUCAGCACGAGUUCUGGCGAGUCGGCGCGAUUCCUAGCAGCGGACAGCGAGUCUGAUGACGACAUUCAAGCAGUACCUCAAGAGGUUGAAGUACCCAAAGUUUCGUAUAUUCGGCCGGGUGAGGGUAUUGUUCUGGACUGGAAAGAGACGAGCUAUGAUGGAAUGUUUGGUGCAGACGCCAAGAGUCGCGACGAGCUGCGCGGUGCGCCAACGUGGACGAAUGUAGAGCAUUUGCCAGACGAAGACCUGGCCAAGAGGCGGGCACAACGGGCCAGUCGAAGAAAGAGGGGUCUGACACUGGAUCAGUGUCUGGAUGAGUUUGGCCGCGAGGAAAUUUUGUCGGAGAAUGACGCGUGGUAUUGCCCGCGGUGCAAGGAGCAUCGGCGCGCGAGCAAGAAAUUUGAGCUGUGGAAGGCACCAGACAUUUUGGUUAUUCACCUCAAGAGAUUUAGUGCGAGCCGAGGGUUUAGGGAUAAAAUCGACGAGCUGGUAGACUUCCCGAUCGAGGGGCUGGAUCUCAACGGUCGGAUCGCAUCAGCGGCGCCGGAGGAGAAUCAGAUCUACGAUCUUUUUGCAGUGGACAACCAUUACGGCGGCCUUGGGGGCGGGCACUACACAGCAUAUGCGAAGAAUUUUCUGACUGAUGAGUGGAAUGAAUACAAUGACUCCCAUGUAUCUAAAGCAAUCAAUCCGGCCAAGGCCAUCUCGACAGCGGCAUAUCUGUUGUUCUACCGGCGACGAUCAGAGCACCCGCUGGGCGGCAAAGAACUACAGGAAAUCACUGAGAGUUCGGUGCGAGCCGACUCUGACGGGCAAGAAGAUGAAUCGGGGUCCCCUUUGGGGGAAGGCCGGCGCCUCGUCGACUCCUCCCGCAAUGGGUCUACGAGCGCCUUAGUCGGAGUCGGAGCAGCUCACCAAGCGGGAGAUGGUGGUUUGCGAUCCGGGCUGCGAGUGAAGAGCGUGGAGGUUGAGGCGAGCGACGAAGAUGAGGAAGAGUUGCCGCCGUACGAGCAGCGCAUGGAUCUCGAGUCGUCGAGUUUUCCGCGCGACCAGCCUGCGUGGUCGUUUGACCGGCUGUCAGGGAGCAAUGAUUUUGACGAUAACGACAGCGACAGCAGCAAUAAAGCUGUGGGUGGAGGCGACAUGAGCGAUCUGGAGCAGUUUGUCGAGGGCGACAACUCUACGACCAACUUUCACAGCGUCCCGGCAGACGAGGAUGAGGAUCUGCCUGUGGUUGAGCUGCGGGUGGGCGACAAUGAAUAA